GAGAGAGAGUCGUUAUUGUUGACCUUCCAAGUGAAAAGCAGUAAAGGAGUGAUCCAAUAGGCAGCCUGUUCAAAAGAGAAGUGCAGGGGCAGCAGAGAGGAGAGAGAGAGAGAAAGAGAGGGAGAAAAAGGGAGGAGAAAAAGUGAGAAACUUUUAGUGUGCAGGAGAAAACUUAAGAAGACCCAUAAAAAGAGGGCAGGUACCCAAAGCAGGACGAUGAAGGCUGGGUUAGGAUUCUGCUCUUUGCUGGUCCUUCUUCUGGCCACAGAUGUCUGGGGGCAGCGGAGGAGGCCACGACCAAAGCCCCCCACCACCAGGAAACCUGUUCCUCCCGCCCCAAGGAAACCUUCUCCUGCACCUCCCAAGACUGAUCUUGAGCCCCGGGAGCCCACUGACUUUCCGCCUCCUAUCCUUGGCCCACCUUCUUCAUUCCCAGACUGCCCAAGGGAAUGCUUCUGUCCCCCUUCCUACGCAAAUGCCCUGUACUGCGAGAACCGCAACCUCCGCAAGGUUCCAGUCAUCCCGCCCCGUACCCAUUAUCUCUACCUACAGAACAAUUUCAUUGACCAAGUGACUGCAGAUUCUUUCAGUAAUGCCACAGAUCUCAAGUGGUUAAACUUAGGGAACAAUCGCAUUCGCUCCAUAGAGAAACAAGUGUUUGAGAAGGUGCCAAAUUUGUUGUAUCUCUAUAUAGAGAGGAACCAGCUGAAAGAAGUGCCAAGUGAUCUUCCACGUGGCUUAGAGCAGCUGAGACUAAGCCGCAAUCAGAUCUCAAAGAUCGCUCCAGGUGCUUUUGGCAAGAUGCAACACCUAAUUCUACUGGACUUGCAUCAUAAUCGGAUCAGCGACAGCAAUCUGGGCAAAAAUGUCUUCAAAGACCUUACAAGCCUUAUACAGCUCAAUCUGGCUAACAACAUCCUCAGGAAGAUGCCCGCAAAUGUGCCAGUCAGAAUUUACCAGCUGUUCUUAGACAGGAACAACAUCGAGGACAUUCCACAAGGCUAUUUCAAGGAUUUUACAAACAUAGCCUUCAUUAGACUCAACUAUAACCAGCUGACUGAUAAGGGCCUCCCAAAGAUGGUGUUCAAUAUUAGCACAUUGUUGGAUUUGCACUUGGCUCACAACAAACUUGCAAACGUUCCACUGUUCAGUGCCCACCUGGAGCAUCUACACCUCAACAACAACAAUAUCGAGAGAAUAAAUGGAACAGAGAUCUGUCCCUUUAGCAUGAGUGAGGAUGUCCAUGAUUUCAGCAGCGUCCCCAAGCUGAGGUACUUGAGGCUGGAUGGGAAUCAAUUGAGCCCCCCCAUUCCCAUGGAGGUCAUCAUGUGCUUCAGACAUCUCCAUUCCAUAGUGAUAUAGGAGAAGUCUGAAAUCUCCUAAAAAUAAAGUUCUUGAACGCGUUCAUGCAUAUGUAUGCACAGCUCUCCUGUCCACUUGACGGUACUGAUUGAAUCAAGCAGUACUAUGGGAAACACAAGGAAAUGAUAACGUAAAGGUUUUUUUUUUAAUACUUUCAGGAAUGUUUUCUGAGCUUUAAAUAUCAUAUUUAUUAAACAAAUAUGAAAAAAUGCUGCAAGCAUGGAUAUUUCUGCUUUAAAGAUAUCACUUUUGUCUAUAUCCUUGUGGUGCAUCAAUAUUAACUACUAUUAAAUAUCUAUGAAAUGAAGGCGCAUUAAGUGACAUACAUUGCUAUCUAAAGUGUAGUUAUGAAUCUAGAAAGGAUAAUAUUUAAACAUGAAUGUACUGGAACAGCAGAAUAUAAGGGGAAAGAUUAACACUAUUAGAAGUAGUUAAAAGGGAGGCAGAGACAAUUGGAAAACUACAAGAGGGGAUAACGUGACUACCAUGUAGUUAAAAUGUCCGUAAUGUUCCUGUGUCUGUUAGGUAACAUAAAACAUAUAUGUAUUGCCUUCACCUGGUAUGCAUCUUUUCUUUAUAAAUAAAUUCUGUGCUUUAUCACAGUGUUCUCUGAAGGCUCACAUGAUCAAUUAAUCAAUGAUCAAUGCUUUUAUGCUUCUAUAAAUGUGUAAGCUUCACACAUUCCAAGAUAAUGUUCAAUCUAUGUGUCAGAGGAAAAGAGAGAUAACAGUCUAUUGAGGAUGAUAACAUGAUGUGUCAAGUCAAUUAAAAUGUAAUAUUUCUAAAUUGUUAUAGUGUAACGACUAGAACACAAUUUCAAGAUUAUCUGUGUUUUUCAUGUUUUCAUGCAUUUUCUACUUACCACUGCCACCUGGUGGUAGGAAAAGCACGCAGCUGAUACAAUCAGAGAGAAUAUUCUAGGCAUGUGCUAAAAUGCCUGCACGCAGUGCCCAGAUUUUUGUGUGUGCGUUUUUAACCUCAACAGAAUGUGACAUAAUACCAUAUUAGUGGCCCUUCCUUCUUCAUGCAAGGUGCUUUUGUUUACACUUCUCCAUAUCAGGUUGAAAACAACCAGUUUUUAGACACAGUCCUGCAUGUUAAUACAUGCCUGUCAGUCACUUAAUUAGAACGCUUUAGCCAGUGCUUGAAGUGUGGGGGAAAAAAAACAAACACUUUGUUGGGCGAGCUUUCUGCCCUGUUGUGGGGUGUGGGCCUAGGCAGGGUCAUGUUGGUUGCCCUCGAUAGUGAUCAAAUUCCAGUGAUUUCCGUUUUAAACUAUGUCAUUUCAGUGAUAGCACUAAAUUAAGCUGCAUUGACCUUUCUAAAAAAAUCAGACAGAAAAGUGACUGUGAAUAUUUAAUAACGAAAGAAUUUUAGUCAGAGAAUGCUGAAGAUGAUGAUGAUAUUCAGUAUAACAGCACUAAAAAGCUACUGUGUGAUGUUACUGGGUAAUACUAGUACAUAACAGUACAACAGAAUACAAUUGAGUCUACUGCCAAGUUUAGCUGCUUGCUUGUCGAAUGUAAAUUUAAGAUCAAAUCCUAAAUUUAUGUUAAAAUUAGCGCUUGACUAAUAAAAUAAAUUAAGUAAUGAAAUACAAUCAUGCUAGGGACGUGGUGACAAGGAAGCUAGUUAAAUAAUGAGAAUGUUGUUCCUCAAAUGGUAUCAGGCAAAUUUGAUCUCCAUUACACAUAUGUGGGUUUAUAAUCUGCCACACUAACACAUGCAGAGGAAGUCGGAGAGGCCUCUUAUAUGAUGAUGUCAAAACAGUCCAAAAUGUGUGGACGUUUUUAAUGACAGACAAAAUGAUUUUCCUUCCAGUAAUGACUGGUGCCACAGAAAACCUAGCAGAGAGUUAGCUUAUUUAAAUAAAGAAAAACCCUGCAAUGUUUGAUGAUGUUGUACACGAUGUUCCCUUUUGAAAAUCAGAUCGUGAAUCAUUACCCCCUUCACGACUUCCACCAAAAAUGUAAGUGGGAUUUCACAAUAUACGAUCAUUAUUUAGGAAUGUUUAUCAGUUUCUUUUAAUAUUUUAUUUUCUGCUUAAGAAAGACAGACACUGUAGUCAGUGCAAUAAAGAAUAAUUUUCAUGUAAUUCAGAAUUAAUCUUCCAUAGGUUCUGCUCCUGUGUGCUAUUUCUUCUCUCUUUUUUUAGUUUUCCAUGAAGAGAUAUGAGAAAAUCAUAUUUGGUCACAUACAGAUACAUCUGGUAACAAAGAGUAUGAAAAAUUACCAAAGAAAAAUGAAAUUAUGUUACUUUUCCAAACAUAUUUAAUAAAUAUGUUCAGUAACAAGAUCUAAGGAAGAUCAAAAAAGAAAAGCCAAAUAAAAUGACACAUAAAAGCAAUCUUGUGUAAUCUACAUUUUCCACUUCUCUUUUAGAAGUAUGCAUACCAUGCCACAGCUAAUAGCAAAACGUAGACAUGAUUAUUGUACUGUACAUUUUUACUCACAUUAAAAUACAACUGUGCUGUCAUACAACUGUGCUGUCAAUAAUUUUCUUAAUUAUUAUUUUUUUUAAUUUCACAUUUCUCUGAAUAAAAUCCAAGUACAGGUA